GCGCAAAAAUGUCUAGAACAGGCAUGAAACAGGCCUAUUGUUUGUUGACAAUUUUGUCCAAUCUAACAAUUUAAUAAAAUUAGUAGGUCGCGGGAAGAUCAAGUUGCGGUGUUUAGACAAUUGAGCAGCAGUUAUCCCAAAUCAUAAUAUAGGUUAAUGUGCAAUGUCGCAGUUUUUUCUGUAUUGUUUUUCUCGGUGAUACGUAGUGUUGUAGUACACGCGAGUUUGGUUUGUUUUGUUUCGUGGUUCGGGAAUUGAUGAUGUCGAUAUUGCGUGACUGAAAUCUCCGAUGAAUUCUUCAGGGGGGUCGAGUUCCAACCGUCGUCCUUCACAGAUGACGAGGUACACAAAUGCAGACUUUGCAGAUGACGAUAGUGUUAACAGUGUCCAGUUGAAUGAAGGAAUCAGUAGUAGUACCACUCACAUUCGGUACCACGCUGGUAGUACCAUCUGGAAGAUGAGGUCGCCAUUGGAAAAAGUGCUGUUGCUCUUAGUGGGCAUUCUUUUGUUCACGAUAUUUAUUUUAGCCAUAAUUUUACAUGUUACUGAGCAUAGAUUAGAAGAAACUAAGAUGAUUAUAAUUCCUUCGGGGACUCCUGGGCCCUGCCUGAAUAAAUCUUGCAUUAGAAUAGCUAAUCGUAUAUUAGAAGCCAUGGACACAAACAAGGACCCUUGUGACGAUUUCUAUGAAUACGCUUGUAGUAAUUGGGUGAAAGCCAACCCUACCCCCGACGCCAAAACCACUUGGGGAACAUUCCUGAAAUUGGAACAACAAAACCAACUAGUUAUUAAAAGAGUUUUAGAAGAACCAAUGGAGACGCUGAAGUCAAAGGCUGAACAAAAGGCAAAAAUGUAUUACGAAUCUUGCCUGGACGUAAACGACACCGUGGAAGCAUUAGGAGCAAAACCCAUGAUAACGUUAAUAGAAAAGCUGGGUGGCUGGAACAUCACCAGUACGGGUUUUGAUGUGAAUUCCUGGACUCUACAAAAUAUUACACAGAUAAUUCAAAAUAAAUAUAACAUUGGCGGCCUUUUUUCAUAUGCUGUGGGAGAAGAUGACAGAAACUCAAGUAGACACGUUUUACAAAUAGACCAAAGUGGUCUCACCCUUCCAACGAGAGAUAACUAUCUGAACAUGACUAAGGAUCAUAAAAAAGUUCUUGAUGCCUACCUAGAGUACAUGACAAAGGUAGGAGUUCUAUUGGGAGGAGACCAGAACUCCACUAAACAACAAAUGCAAGACAUUAUAAAGUUCGAAACCAAACUAGCCAAUAUAACGAUACCCGGAGAAUUGCGAAGAGAUGAAGAAAAACUCUACAAUCUAAUGAAAAUCGGGGAUUUGCAAGUUAAAGCUCCAUUUAUAGACUGGAGGAAAUUUUUCGAAGAUGCGAUGAGAAUAGUUAACAAAAAAGUUACUAAUAAGGAAGAAGUAGUAGUUUAUGCUCCAGAAUAUUUAGGAAAUUUAACACAAUUAAUCAAAGAGUAUAAUAAAACAGCUGAAGGAAAGGUUGUCCUCAAUAAUUAUAUGGUAUGGCAAACUGUACGAGUGUUCACGGUAUGUCUUUCUAAAGCAUUUAGAGAUGCAUACAAAGGCCUCAGGAUAGCGUUAAUGGGACAAGAAGGUGGUGAGCAGCCCCAGUGGAGGUAUUGUAUUCAGGAUACCAACUCAGUAUUAGGUUUUGCCAUUGGAGCCAUAUUUGUAAGGGAGGUGUUCGAUAAUAGCUCAAAAUCUCAAGCUGAAGAUAUGAUCAAUAAUGUGAGGAAUGCCUUUAAGACGAAUUUCAAAAAUUUGAAGUGGAUGGAUAAUGAGACCAGACAAGUUGCUAUUGAUAAAGCAGAUGCUAUCUCUGAUAUGAUAGGUUAUCCUGAAUUCGUAAAAGAUACAACUUUGCUGGACGAAAGAUUUGAAAAGCUAACAAUAAGGAACAACACCUAUUUUGAAAAUAAUAUACAGAUUAGUUUUUUCAACUUAAAGAAAAAUUUGGAGAAAAUUAACGAACCUGUCAACAAAACUACUUGGAGCAUGCCCCCAUCUACUGUAAACGCAUACUACACCCCCACCAAAAACCAAAUGGUCUUUCCAGCCGGAAUUCUACAGAGUCCGUUUUACGAUUCUUCUUUUCCUCCAAGUUUGAACUACGGAGGUAUGGGAGUGGUCAUGGGACAUGAGCUAACUCACGGUUUCGAUGACCAAGGCAGGGAGUUCGAUAAAUUUGGUAACCUCAAUCAUUGGUGGAAAAAUAAGACCAUUGAAAAGUUUAAACAAAGGACAAAAUGCGUGGUAGAUCAAUAUAACAAAUACGAUGUAAAUGGGAAAAGCAUUAACGGGAAUCAAACACUUGGAGAAAAUAUAGCCGACAAUGGUGGAUUAAAAGCAGCUUAUCACGCUUACUUACAAUUAAUGAAAAAUCAAUCUGAACCACAACAGCUUCCAGGGCUUUUGCUCAAUCACAAACAACUAUUCUUUGUGGCUUUCGCUCAGGUUUGGUGUUCAGCAGCAACCAACGAAGCCACACUGCUUCAAAUAGAAAAAGAUUCCCACUCACCAGCCAAGUACAGAGUCAUAGGAGCGUUGAGCAACCUCAAAGAGUUCAGCGAAGAGUUCCAGUGCAAGCCAGGUUCCAAGAUGAACCCCACAAACAAAUGUGAAGUGUGGUAACUUAAGUACAAUCAGAAUAAAAUUGUCUAAAAAUCAAGAUAAUGACUCUGAGGUCAAGUCGAUCCAGAUCUGGAGAGCAGAAAGGCUUACGUAUAUACUAUUUUCUCUUACUGCCAAAAUCAUGUAUGAACGAUAAAUAUCCAUAUCUGCUCGGCUCUACGGAAUGAAGCUCAAGAGGCGGUCCUUUUAAAUGUAUCCAAAGCAAAUAGUAGAGGAUCCGAUGUAAGGUCGACCUGCACCGAUCUGUUUAAUGAAUAAAAAUUAUUUUAUAUACAGUAGAGCGUCGAUUAUCCGAACGUCGAUCAACCGAACGACCGGUUAUCCGAACUUCCGACUCACGCUCCCCUCACUCGAGUACUGAGCAAGCGUUAGUAAUUAACGCUUAAAACAUCUUUAAUUUUCUUCAAUUGUGUAUCCAAAAAUAGGUUGUUGCAAAGACUCUACUUUUUUGUUUGAUUGCUAUUUGUCAUUAUCAAGGUAUAAACAAAUAUACAGUUAUAAAUAUGAUUUUUAUUCACUUUUGGAUAAAUAUGUAUGGCAAAUAUAGUUUGAUUAUCCGAACAAAUCGGUUUUCCGAACACCCAUGUCCCCCAAUUAGUUCGGAUAAUCGACGCUCUACUGUAUUAUGUAAUUUAGUAUGUUAACAAUUAUAUAAAACAAGAGUUUCCCGAUAUAAUUUUGUCCUGGCUAUAAUUAAUUAUUAAUUAAAAAAUAUUUUUAAAUAAUUUGAAAAAUUUCGGCCCAGCCAGAUAUUAUUUUAGAUUUUUUGGAUCAUUCGAAACAAAAAAGGUCUUUUGUAAUUUUGAUCGUUUUUGAGUUAUAAAUAAUUAAAAACUUAAAAAACAAAAAUUACGAUUUUCAAGGCUCUAAAACAUAAGUAAAAAAAAAUUUUGAAAGUACCUGACAACAACCUAAUCUAACAACCUGCACAAACCUGCUCGACAGUUACGUAUAAACAACAGACUAAUUGACCGUGUCGGAUUACCGGCGCUAGGGUAUGAGGUGCCCGCCUGCAAUAUAAGCACAGGCUGCCCCCUUGAACACAUCCCCUACGCACACUUGUAUGAGGCUCUAGCAUCAGGAGACCCUUGUGUGGAACAGUGGUACCCACAUGCCCGAAGAUCAAACCAGUCAUACUCCAUAAUGGAGUAAUACCUAUCUGACCCUCAAGCUGUACCCAAAUUAGGGUAUUAGGGCAACCAAUUCCAAUUAUUUCGAAUUUAAACAACAUUUAAAAAAUUAAUUUUUCUAUUUUAGUAUUUUCUGUAACACUAGCAGAAAAAAGCUGAUUUUGGCGCCCCCAUGCAGAGGCGCCCGCCUGCAGUGCAUCCCUUGCAGGCCCGUUAUCGCCGGCCCUGUGUAGGCUCUUAUGUAUUCCUUGGCACCAACGUAAAUGCAAAAUGGGAACAGGGCACAAAAAUUAAGGCUAGAAUAGAACGAGCUAGAGCAGCAUUUAACAAUAUGAAAAAGAACCUCAUAAGCAAGGUUUUGUUUCUUCCCCUAAAAGUACAUCUAGUUAAAUGCUACAUUUUUUCGAUCCAUAUGGUGCGGAGGUCUGGAAGCUGACAAAGACGCUCACGAAAAAACUAGAAUCAUUUAAAAUGUGGGUGUACCAACGCAUUCUUCGUAUAUCCUGGACUAAACGUGUCAACAACAUAGAGGUAAUCCACAGAAUCGGAAAAGAGAAAGAAAUCGUGAGCACAAUUAAACAAAAAUAACUUAAAUAUCUAGGCCACAUGGGUAUAUGAGACACGAUAAGUACGAAUUUUUUUCAACACUCUAUAUACCUUUUGAAACAAAACUUUUUAUUUUCUUAAUAGUUUUACUUAAAAAAGGUGUACUAGAUUCAUCUCGCUAAACUCAACCGUUUUCGAGAUAAACGCAUUUUAAAUCUGCGAGGCAACAUCAUUUUUUGCAUAAUAUCAUUGUAGUUACACCCGAAAAAUAACUUAAAACCAGAAAAAUUUACAAAAAUGUGUCGCAAAUUUCUUCAAAUGGAAUUUGCAAUGCAAUGACUUAAAUAUGAGAACUGGUACAAUUAUUAUGGUUUAAAGUUGAUUUUUCGGGUAUAACUACAAUGAUAAUAUGCAAAAAAUUAUGUUGUAUCGCAGAAUUAAAAUGCGUUUAUCUCGAAAACAGUUGAGUUUAGCGACCAUAGGCGUAACCAGGAUGAUCCUAAGGGGGGGGUUACAUCUACCUGAAAGGGGGGGGUUACAUCUACCUGAAAGGGGGGGUUACAACUACUGGAAAUAUCUGAGGGAUAUGAUGUUAAGCGUAUAGAGCUGAAAGUACAUCCCAAUGGGGGGGGUUACAACCCCCAAAACCCCCCCCUGGUUACGCCUAUGUUAGCGACAACAGUUAAAUCUUCUUCUUCUUUUUCAUGUGCCAUCUCCUCUAAGAAGGUUGGGAACCAUCACGGCAAUUCGCACUUUAGAUACCGCUGCUCUAAAGAGAUCAGCAGAAGUGCAAUUAAACCAAGCUGUCAAAUUGUUUAACCAGGAGAUGCGUCUUCUUCCGCGACUCCUUCUACCCUGUAUUCUUCCUUGUAUUAUUAAUUGUAACAAGUUAUAACGCUCGCCCGUCGUAACAUGUCCCAGAUAUUGACGUUUUCUGACUUUUUUUUUUGAAAAAUGGCUUUGGCAGAGCCGAUUAGCCAGACUUGUUUGUGAUUUAUUGCAGAUUCAUAGUCAUAAUUUUCUGACUUUAAUUGUAUUUAAAACCUCUUUAUCUUUUCCUAUUCUUCUCAACACCUCGAUAUUCGUGACUAUCCUAGACCCUAUCUCUAGUUGAAUCUAGUACACCUCUUUUAAGUAAACACAUUAAGAGAAUAAAAGUUUUGAUUCAAAAAGUAUAUAGAGUGGGGAUAAAAAAAUUGAACGUAUUAAAUGAGCGCUGAAGGAAGUAUGUAGCGCCCUCUGGGUAAUACAUCAUUUUUGGUGGCGAAUUUAGAUUUCAGGUAAACAGGGUGAAGUGUACGUUUGAACUGUGUAAAUUAAAUAAUUCCUAGCUGAGUGCUUUCGGCUUAUAAAACAUCUUUAGAGCUAAGCUACAAUAAAAAGGUCUCUUAUAAAUAAUUGAUCUUAGAAUUCAAAAGUUUAACUUUAAGAGAGAUGGAUCCCAUGUACGAUAAUACUUCUAUUUCUUAUGCAUAAACUCGAAAACUAUCAACUUAAGGGAAAAAUUACAAAAGACCUUUUUUGUUUCGAAUAAUCCAAAAAAUCUAAAAUAAAAUCUGCACGGGCCGGAUUUGUCUUAAUUUAUAAAAAAAAGUUAUUUUUUAAUUUCUAACAUACGUUAAAUAUUUUUUAUCCAUUAAACAGAUCCAGGUGCAGGUCCACCUUACAUCUUAUCUUAAACUAAAAGGCUUUUUUCAAUGGUAAUUAUAAUAUGUCUUAAUUGCCACUGAACUUGAAAACAUUCUAAUCAAAUUAUUUUUAGGCGUAAUUUUAAAUAUAGAUUUUGGAUAUUUUAUUUUAGGAUUAAUAUUGUUAUCAUCAUAGUUUUGGCGAUUUAGUUUGCAAAAAUACAGUCCAAAAUUACCAUAAUAGUUUAGUUCAUAGAGAGUUAAAGUCGGUCGAUCAAACUAUUAGAACCAUUGGGAAAAAUGGAUGUUUUUCCAAUAGUAGCAUUAUUAUCAGUCUUAGAUGUCGUUUUCUACAUUGCCAUGUAUGGUCAAUACUAUUGUAUGGAACGACAGCCUGGACGCUCAACAUAACGCUGAUGAACAAGUUACAUAGAAGCCUUGGAACUCUGGCUUUAUAAAAGAAUCUUGAAAAUACCUUGGAGAACCCACACCACCAACCAGAAUAUUCUGAGGAGAAUAGGUGCAGAUAGGAAGCUGCUAAAGAUCAUCAAAGUUAGCUACCUGGGACACAUAAUGAGAAAGGAAAAGUGCCGUCACGCGCUACUGAUCAUCCAGGGGAAGAUUGGAGGAAAACUGGGUCGUCCAGGUAGUCGCAAGAUUUCAUGGCUUAAAAAUAUCAGAGACUGGAUCGGCCUUGAUUCAACAUCCUUGUUUAAAACCGCAUUAGACAGACAGAUUUACCAGUGUAGUCGCUAACCUCCACUAAAGGAGAACAACCACAAGAAGAAGAAGAACCUUAACUGUAUUAAAUAUAUGUGACUUUAACUCUCUAAUGUCUAAGACAACAAAUAUUGUACAUUGCAUUUGUCUCAAAGUUAUAGUUUAAAAUUGCUUAUUCGUCCCAGUAUAGCAUCUAUGAUAUAUAUGCAUCAAUGUUUACAAACUCAUUGCUCAAAUUGGACUCUAUGAGAAUUGAUUCUUAAAUCAUGUCCAGUUAGUAUACGAGGAAAAGAUAAAAAUUCUCGGCCUAGUAACAAAAAUUGUGAUUUUUUUUGUAUUUUGUACGAUACAUUCGCAUAUUAUAUCGGUACGAAUAUACCGUUUUGUAAAUAUAUGUCACUCUUUAGUUCAAUGUAGUUUGUACAGGAUCCUAAUAAUUACUAAAUUCAGUCUCUUCUUCUUCUUCUUCUUCUUUAGUUUAUUGGCCUUCAUUAAAUUCGUUCUCUCUUGUGUACAGCUUCAAACAGUACCUCUCAUGAGCGAAUGUUUCAUCAUUCUAGAAAAGCUAUAAAUGGAACUGCACUUCUUUCAUGGUUGAUAACCCCCAGAAAAGUGUUUAUGAAAAAGAAUGUGAGGCAUUCCAAAUAUGACCAUCUCGUUGAAGAAGUACAACUAAUUGAAGCUAAUCCAAACUAUGCUGUUGUAAGACGUGAAGAUGGUAAAGAACCAACAGUAUCUUUAAGACAACUUGCACCACGAUUCAGUCUCUUCGUUUGGCACCAAACAUUUUCUGAUUAUUUCCUUAAGACUUAAAAAAACUGAAAGAGGAAGACACAUCUGGCAAAUAGGGAUGCAGUUGGGUCUGCAUCCUUCCAGGAUGGGUCUUUGUUUGGCUAUGUUCGUCCAUUCAGAACCCUCUUAUGCCUCUCUCCUACAUUGUCUUACAUUCACCGCUUUCAGAUCUUCUUCCACGUGGGGGGGGGAUUUAACCCCCAAAACCGCCCCCUGGUUAUGCCUAUGCAUCCAACCGUCUCGUUCUAUGUCUUCCUUUUUUUUUCUUCCUAUCGGUUCCAUCGUAAUAUUUUCUUUGUUGAUUUUGUAUCUUCUUGUCUCUGAAAAUGACUCAGCAAUGACAGUCUCUGACUUUUAACAAAUCUUACAAUGUCGUGUUCUUCAUUCAAUUCAUUAAUCUCGGCGUUUCUUGUUUCUCCUGAUUCUGUACGUGCGGUCUUUCUUUUGCACCGGGCUGUAUACUUUUCUCGGUAUCUCUUUCUCGAAUGUCUUAAUAUGCUCUCCAUCUUUUUUUGUCAUUAUCCGGUAUUCCAACCAUAGGUUACUAUGGUAGGGGAGCCCAAGCGGGGAUUUUUGCAGUUACUCGAGCGCGUCAGAUUAUCAUAUGGAGAGAAACCUCGUACCCUGCAGAUGUACCUCUACCAUAUAUUGGCUCUUAACACAGGGGAGUUCGUUAAGGGGGACUCGAAAAAAAAAAAUCUAUCCUUAAAAAUACUCGAAAUUGUCAGAUUAAGAUAAGGUAAGUUAAGUAAAAAUCUGACGAUUUGAGCUGGGCGUAAGGAAAUGGGCGAGUCCCAAAAUUUCACAAGAAAAAAGCGAAUAUUUCGCGAAAUAAACGUCAGAUCGAAAAACUAAAAACUACGUUUUCAAUAUUUUUCAAAAAUCUAUUGAAUGAUACCAAACAUGACCCAUCACAGAGAGGAGUGGGGGGGUAAAUUUAAAAUUUCAAAUAAAAAUCCCGCGAUAUUUCGCAAAAUAAACAUCAGAUCGAAAACUUCAAAAUACACUUAUUCAAUAUUUUUGAAAAAUCUAUCGAAUGGUACCAAACACGACCCCCUUUAAAAUCUUAAAUAGGAGCCCCAAAUUUUUAUUGCAGAUUUGGAUUCUUUACGUAAAAAUAAGCAACUUUUAUUCGACACAUUUUUUCGAAUUAUGGAUAGAUGGCGCUAUAAUCGGAAAAACGAUUGUUGGAAAUGGAAAAUUAAAUUAAAAAAUGGGAAGUCCCCACUAAAAUGGAAAAUUUUACUUAACUUUUUUUGAUUUUAGGACCUAAUAAUCACAACCCAAUAGGUCACCACAGCGCUCGAGUGACUGCACAUUUAGCAUACUUUGCUCCCCUACCAUACGGGUCUAAUAUUCUGUACAUCAGUCUGUUAUUAGCAUAGUAUAGUAUGUACGAUCCCCACUGGAAAUAUAUGGAUUAAUUUCGCUACUAACGUAAUUCUUUUGAUCGACGUUCGACGUAUUAUACAAACCAUAGAAAACAUCUACUUUUAUAAUCGAAUUCAGGCAAAGGUAAAUGGAAAACUAACGCAGUUUAUACCAGUACAAAGCGGAGUCAGACAAGGUGACUCGUUAAGCCCACUGCUCUUUAAUAUAAUAAUGGACGAAAUAAUAGAAGCAGUACGUAAAGGUCAUGGUUACAGAAUGGGGAACAAAGAAAUCCAAAUAUGUUAUGCAGACGACGCUGCAUUAAUCGCCUAGACAGAAGACGAUCUCCAAAGAUUAACACACAUCUUCAAUACAACAGCCAAGAAAUACAAUACGAUCAUAUCAGCAGAAAAAACCAAAUGUAUGACAACAUCUAAAUACCCACUACGAUGUAAAAUCGAAAUUGAUGGGAAAAUAAUAAAGCAAGAAGCAAGGUUUAGAUAUCUGGGAAUAGAUAUAACCAGUUACGGAGAUGUUGAAGAGGAAGUACGACAACAAAGCUUAAAAACAAGCAAAGCGGCGGGAUCUCUUAAUGACACAAUCUGGAAGAACAAACACCUAACACAAGACACAAAAGCAAGAAUCUAUAAAGCAGCAAUUAGACCUAUAUUGACAUACACGGCGGAGACAAGACCUGACACAUCUAAAACGAGACGACUACUAGAAACAAUGGAGAUGACAAUACUCCGACGAAUAUCAGGGAAAAGUCUGUUGGAUAGGGAGAGAAGCGAAAACAUACGAAGAUCAUGCAAUGUAGAAGACAUAAAUGGAUGGGUGACAAAACAAAAACAGGAGUGAAACGAACACAUUAGUAGAAUCCUAGAGGAUAGGAUAGUACGAAUAGCACGAGAUAAGUCACCAAAUUGACGAAGAAGUAUUGACAGACCAAGAAAAAGAUGGUGCGAUAACUUAAACAAUUUAGGAGGCUAAUAUUGAAGAAGAAACAGGCUUUAAAGCCUACAUACAAAAAGGAAGACAACGACGUUCGAUGGUAUUGUUGUCUAUUGUGACAUCAUUUUCAUUAUGAGGUUUUCUUUUGACGGUCAUAUACUUGGUUAUUGUUUCGUUUACUUUAAUUUGUACUGAUUUGGUAUUUAUAUGGCCAAUUACAUCUGUUUUUCUGUUGAUUGUCUUAAGAGUUGGCUUGAAUAGUUAAAUAUUCCACUGGUAGUUCAGCCUUUUCCGAUAUGUUUUUUAGUAAUUUGUGUAUUUUGUCUGUUAGCUACGUUCUUCUAUAUUUUAACAUUUCCGUUGAUGAAUCACCUCCAUGACAAAUAAUAUUAUAUAUAUAAAGGGUUGUCUACAGCUAAUGCCGUUUCCCUUCCGUCAGCCAGGACUUCCAUUUUUUUCGAUCUUCCCAGUCUCCGUCUUCCAAACCUUUCUUAGACAUGGCUUCGUCGACUUCAUUUUUCCAAGAUCUUCUCGGUCGUCCUCUUCUUCUUGUUCCUCUUGGGCUCCAUUCUGCAACCUUGUUUAUAGAAGUGUUUUCUACUCUGCGUAUGUGGCCGUACCAAUUUAGUCUUCUCUCGUCUAUAUAUUGCAGGGCAUCUUUUCCCCUUGCAUUCUUCUCCUUAUCUCCUCAUUUGUUAUUCUGUCACUUCUGGUGAGACCACAGCAUCUUCUCCAGUAUUCCAUUUCGGUUGCCAGAAUGCCCUUUUGGGUUUUUUUGUUUAUGACCCAAAUUUCUGCGGCAUAUGUCAUGAUGCUUCUUACUUCUUACUAUUGUUUGAUAUAUCAUUUUUUUGUUUUUCCAUUGAUGUUCUUAUUCCAGAUUACAAUAUGGAGUUGUCUGAUGCAAUAUCUUGUUUGUCGCAACCUAUUUUUUAUUUCUGCUUCUGUUGUUUCCUUUUUCGACAUUAUAAAGUCCAAAUAUUUAAAAUUCUUCGUUCCUUUUAUUUCUACUUGUUCUUCUGUUUCUAAGUUUUUGACGUCUUCUUUCGAUAUUGCUAAGUAUUCCAUUUUCUUCAUAUUUUUUUCGAUAAAUAAUAUUACAUUAAUAUUUUUCGCUAUUUAGGCUAGGGCUCCACGAGCUACAUAUUGACGCUAGCAGUAGCAGUAAAAUGAAGCGUGAUAAAUGAAAACAACAGCGAUAAUACUGGAUGGCUUCACUGAGCUGUAGAUUGUCGCUCACAGAGAGGAAGCAGGCGCGUCGUAAAGGUCAUGUUGGGGACGGAUAGGUCCAGACCUAUUUUUUGCAGUUAUUUGUAGCUCGUUCCUGGCUUCACAGGCAGUAUUGCAUUGUUUGAUAGUGAACUAUUAAUAUUAGAAGUGCAAAAGAAUGACUGAGGACUACAAAAAUAGAGUCAAAAAAUUAAUGCAAGGACAAAUAAAUGCCAAAGCCUCUAUGGAAAUUAAUGGGACGACCUAGAUAUUGAAGCUGAAGGAAAGAUAGCUAAAACAUAUAAAGAAGACACUGACAUCCUGUAAUACCGAAAAUACUUAUCAGGAUAUUUCUUUUAGUUUGUUGUGUAAAAGAACUAAUUGUCUCUCUGUCUUUCUAUGAAAUAUAACAGGGCGAAUCCAUCAUAUCUGUGACGGCGGAAUGCCAAUUUUAAAGCAACUUUUUGUUGAUAUGAUAGAUUAUCCAUACUAUAUUAUCGGAAUGAAUUUAUUUUAUUUUAUCUGCUAUAUACACGCACAAGAAGAUACACUGGUUGUAACCAGGUCAUACUAAAGCUCAUGGAGCCACUCCAAGACCAAGAAGCAACGCUAUGCGCGCUGUAAACUGCCUCUCUCAUGGAGCCAUAAUGUUACUGCUCUACUGCCGCCGUAAUUUUACAGCUCCUGCUAGUGUCAACCUGUAGCUCGUGGAGCCCGAGCCUUAGUGUCGCAACUCGUGUGCCAAUACGACAAAACAACCAAUCUAUUGUAGCCAGCGCCCUCUAUUGCCUAGGUCGAAAACUUUUUAUCUAAUUAUCGUUUGUUUGAAAGAAGGAUUCACAAAUUAAAAUUUAUAUUUAGAGACUAUGUACAAUUAGGCGGCCAAAUAUUUUCUCUAUCAAUUUGAAACGAACUGUACGAUAUUUAAAAAUGACCAAUCACUAGGAAUUAAUCUAAUUAAAGAAUGAUAUCCCGAAUGAUAAUCGUAUUUAGAAUAUUAAAGAAAUAUGCCAGUUUUUAUCAAAUUUAUUUAAUCUAUCAGUAUUAAUUGGUGUAAUCAGUUUUUUAGAGCUUCGAAAGCUUUUACAAUCUUUAAUAAUCUACAUAUGAACUAAAUAUCCCCAGUAUCGUUAAGAUCUUCGUUAAAUAAUUAGUUAUUUAUAUGCACAGGUUGUUUCUUUACUUAGAGAUCAAUGCAGUAAUGUAAAACAUGAUUCCUCCUCCUCCUCUAUCUUUUAACAUGAUAUGAUGCGUUUAUUUACGAUUUGAUUCCUAUUCCGCCGUUUGAGAUAUAAUCAAUUUUUUGAUACUGGAAUCUGUAGCGUUCAAUAUAUCAUCUAAAAAUAUAUCAAAGAUAAAAAAGUUUAAAAACUCUCUGUUCAAAAACAGUCAAGAACAUCUGUCAAGUUUCCAUCUGUUUUCGUAGUUAGUUACCCCAUUCCAUUAUCCCCUAAAACGUAGCCACGCCCAGCUUCCGAGUAAAACACAGAGCCAUUCGCACAGUACGAUUAAGUGCUUGCUAUAUCCACUUCUAUUAAGACCCCCCAAUCCUUUCUUCUCAGUAAGCAUCCCAUUUUUUACAAAUCUCUUCUUUAUCACUAUAAUUCAGCUAAGCGCGUGUACUGUUGGAGAUAUGCCUCCCAUGUCGCUCGUCCAUCUAGUCGGUGGCUUCUUUACUAGUUCGUUGUCCUCUAUUCCAUGAUUCGCCUUGUCCAUUUUCCAUCUUUUGUUCUGGCUAAGCGCCCUGCCCAGUUCCACCUUAGCGUCAUGCUUCUCUCGAUGACGUCUGGAGAGUCUGAAUCCUUGUCUGAUUUGUUGGUUUGUUAUUUGGUCUCGAAGACUCAUGUCCAGCAUUGCACGUUCCAUGGCUCGUUUUGUGACUCUUAUUUGCGGAUCUUUGCGUCAGUAUUAAAGUAUCUGCUCUAUAAAUUUGUAUGGGCAACACAUUGGUUAUAAAUCUUUCGUUUGAGAUACGCGGGAAUUGAACUUUUUAGAAUAUGGCUUAGUUUACCAAAUGCUGCCCAUAUCAGGUCUAUUCAUUUAUGUAUUUUAUGUACUUAAUUGUCGUCUUCACUUAUUUUGAUCCCUUAUCCCAGUUAUUUGUAAGUAUCUGUAUGUUGUAUAGUACCUACUAUUGUGAAUAGUUUUGUUUCCGCUCUUUUGUCAGACUUUUAAACGAAUAUAUCAUAGAAAUUGUGGCUUGUAAGUGCGUGUAAUCACGCACCAGCGCGUGAUAUGGUUACUUCAGUCAGGUGCCUUUCAACAGGAUGGCCCCUAGAAGAGUUCCAUCCUCUUUGAUCGACAGCGAAUGGGUUAAUACAAUAUCAUCUGAAAACCUCUAAUUUAAUCUAUCUUCAUCGAUACUGAUGGCCAUAUCUUGACAUUGACUGCUCUUAAAGAUAAAUCUCUUCUCAUACCAAAGAUUGAAUUUAGUUAUUUUUUCUCAUUCUCACUGUGUUAGAUAUUUGUGAUCCUAAGCUCAAAAUUGGACAUGGUAUAUUAUGAAGAAGAAGAUCAUUGGAUAUCUUAGACUCUGACCUUUCCCUGGCUAUCUUUGUUUGAAUAAUGAAUGCCUCUAUUUAAGAAACAACCUGGAAGACUCCCCAAAAAUAACCCCAGUGCUCAGUAGUAGGUACCUAUUUUUUUAAUAGUUUAGUAAAAACCUCUACACGAGGUCGUUUUUAAAGUUUUUUGGAUGUCUGUUAGUUUUUUAAAGCUGUUGAAUCUAUUUAAAACGUCAUAUCAUCUAUUUAGUUAAUUUUUCUUUAAAUAGGUAUUUAUAUUUUUUCAGUUUUAGGAAAAAACAGAUGAACAUUUGUGUAAACUGUGUAUAUUUUUUACUGUGAUACAAUAUAUGUAAAUAUUUAAAAUAAAA